CAAACAUCAGAUGUUUUUAAUGUGUGUUUGUUAUGUCUAUCAUACCUGGGUGAGAUUCUCGGACUAUAUACGUGUUUUAGACAGCGAAAAGCCUUUUCGUCAUUCUUGUAAAGCACAGAGUUGUGGCUAUCGACUGUCUGUUGCCGCUCUCGCGGAUUAAAGAACUAUAGCUGUUAGCUGCCGGUGGCUAAGUGGCUAAUAAUACCACCACUACUUCUGUUAGUGAUAAGUCAACAAAACUCCAGACACCUUUUUCUAAUGAAAGUCAACGACUGCUUCGUGUCUGCUCCUGGGAAGGCGAUCCUUCACGGGGAGCAUGCAGUCGUGCACGGGAAGGUGGCCCUUGCUGUCAGUUUGAACCUGAGAACAUUUUUAAGGUUGAAGGCCACCACUACUGGCAAAGUUUGCAUCAAUCUCCCGAAUAUUGACAUAUUUCUCAGCUGGGACCUUUCUGAGCUGAAGCAGCUAAUUCCUUAUUGCUGUGCUCAGCGGGUGGAGCAGAAAUGUCUGGACCCUGAACUCGUGAGGAGACUGCAUGAAUUUGUUGGCGCUGCAGAUGGAAACCUGGACACCUGCCACAUGGCCACCUUAGCCUUCCUCUACCUCUACCUCUCGUUGUUUGGCUCAGGCGAGCUGCCCAGCUUGACGGUGUCUGUGUGGUCGGAGCUGCCGACUGGAGCAGGACUGGGGUCAAGUGCCGCCUACUCGGUGUGUUUAGCCGCAGCUCUGCUCUGCACGAGUGGAGCCAUUACCGCUCCACUCAAAGAGCCGGAUCACGCCGCCAGGUGGUGCCAGGAGGAUCUUGAGCUCAUCAACAGCUGGGCAUUCCGAGGGGAAAUGAUCAUCCAUGGUAAUCCAUCAGGAGUGGACAAUGCUGUAGGAACAUGGGGUGGCAUGCUGAGGUUCUUGGCUGGGAAGAUAAUACCACUGAGCAGAGUGCCGUUAUUAAGAAUCCUCCUCACUAACACCAAAGUACCUCGCAGCACCAAGGUACUUGUUGCCGGGGUGAAGGACAAAAUUAACAAGUUUCCCGCCGUGAUGACCCCAGUGUUGGACUCAGUCGAUGCCAUUUCCUGCACAUGUGAGAAAGUCCUCUCAGACAUGACCUCUGAACCCAUCACAGGAGAGCACUACAAUAUUUUAGAGGAGCUCAUUGACAUUAACCAGCACCAUCUGAAUGUGUUGGGCGUGGGACACCCUGCCCUGGACACACUGUGUCGGGUCACACUAACCAGAGGACUCCACAGCAAGCUAACUGGUGCGGGGGGAGGAGGCUGUGGCAUCACACUACUCAGACCAGAAACGGACUCCCAGGUUGUGGAGAGUACAGUGCAGGACUUGAGAAACUGCGGCUUUGACUGCUGGGAAACGAGUAUUGGCGGGCCAGGUGUCCAGCAGCACUCUCCUUUGUCUGUUAAGGACGAAGUUCUGGAGAUUUUAAACCGAUAUUAACACACACACACGCACAUCUGUCGGCCACACAAGAGGACAACCUGGGCCGUUUUGUCAGUUUGUUGCCAUAACUUGAAGACCUGAAGUGUGCUGUUGUAAUAAAAUGGGACCGAGGAGGGGACACUUCACUGUGUGCAGAGCUGGAAAGAGCUGGCUGGACUGUUAAUUACACAUUUUCCAAAUCAAUUUGCAAAAUUUGAGACAAACUAAUUGACUGUUGUGUGGAGUGUUUGCUUGUUUAAUGAACUCCACAUUGCACGAUUCUGUACUGAGCUCUUUGUCCACUAGAUGGCAUUAGAGUCGCAUUAAUACUCCUCAUGAAAGCUUUCUUGGAAGAGGUUCUGAUAAAUUAAUAUGUAAGUGAAGCACUGGCAGGAUCAUGUUGGAGCAGUAGGGUCAACCUAUUUUAAUGGAUUAGAUUAGUCAUUCACAGUCGGCCAUUAAUUACUUAGGCCUGACAUUGUAACGCGCGGCGGUGUUGUAUAGCGGCUAAAGCAAAUAUUUAUGAUUAUGUAGGAUUUUACAUGACGAAAAAAUAAAACUCUUUUUGAUGCAAUCAACUAAAUCCCAGUGACUCCCAUUACUCAUAGUUAUAGAAAGGAAAUGAUGGUGUCAUGAUACAUUAGAAUGCACACAGUGCAUCUGCCAUAAUUGAGACCACUUUAAAAAACCUUUUUACACUAUUGUAUAAUCCUGCACUUUUCUUAAAUUAGGCUCUACAUUUAAAUGUAAAAAAAACAACCCGUUAAAAGUCAAUUAAGCAUCUUUUUUUUUUUUUAAACAUUGGUGUAAAUGUUUAAUCAUUUGUUAAAUAUUAUAAUUGCAGUUUUAUGCAGUGCUAAUUUCCGUAUGUAUUUCAAUUUAAAGAGUAACUGACGGCGUUGUUGUGCAAGUAGAAGGCAGGAGCGAGGGGGCGGGGAGCAGAACUGUGUGGCCUCUGUGGAGCCUCUGGAUUAGCAACACCAUAAUGUGAAUCAACAACAACAACAAGCAUCCGUCUGUGAGUCACACAGUUGUGCCGACACACACACACACACACACACGUGUACACACAAUCUUUCUUUAAAAAUUCUCCUCUUCCCAGUCACUCAUCCCUCUCGGCGUUACAAAAAUAUUCGGCAAAUGCCGCAGAUACAGAAGAUAGAUGUGUUUAGAAUAUCCCAGAUUUGGGGAAAAGGUCACUGUGGCAUUCUGCCGGGUUUAAAUAUCCAUUUCAUUUUCUAUUUUUUAAAUGUCAGGAAGAUUGAGUAGUACAAAUAUGGCAGUGAACGUGAAGAAAUGACAUUCGUCACCCUCCCUCCUUGUCCGCCUGGCGCCCCCUCUGUCCUCUUGAAUUGUAUCAUCUUUAUGUCAGGGCAGCCCCCCCGUCGGCGCGCCGCACAGUUGCCCCUAACCCCUGCUGGAAUUUAAUUACCACUAUGCUCUUCAAUUGAAAUGGCAUUGACGAGGGGGAAAAGAGGGAGACAACAGAGCCUGUUUCAUUUGAAGCCCCACUCUUUCUUUUCUGUCUCAUUCUCUCUCACUCCUUUUACCGCUGCAAGGCACAGAUGGUAUUUUUUCUUUCUUUUUUUUUUAUCAGUGUCAGAGCCUGCUUCUUUCUGCUCUGAUGAAUAGAAUCUAAGGAGGCCCUGCGAUUAUUUCAGAUAACAGACAGAGUGAGGAAAGGGGGUCAAGGAUAGAGGGGAGGAUGUCAGAAUUAGAGAGAUACAGUGAAAACAGUGUGCCGCUGUCCCGGGAGUAAAGAGGGAGAUGGAAAAACAAACCCUUUCACAUUUAACAUUUAGGGAGUUUUGUCUGGAUGGAUCGAUGCGAGAGAAUCGAGGAUGUAUAAUUUAGUUUGUCCAAGUGGGAGGAAGGAAAUGUUAAAUGUGAAUUUGCUGAGUGGACAUGCCCACUGUGGCCACAUUCCCUGUGGUCCAUCACUCAACGUCUGAAAUGCUUGUCAGGAGCUAUUAAGUUUGAAUACAGAAUUAGACCUGACUGACACGAUAUCAUGUUGCUCAUGGCCACUGCUUUUGCUAACAGGGAGUUUCAGUGCGCGUUUGACGUCCGACUGCGAGUGUUUUCAUUUACUUGGAUGGCAUCUCUGGAUCACAGUGUGUCGGUGGUUGUUAUUAUGAAAAAUCACUUGUGAGUUGAUUGUGUUCUAUGUCAUGAUAUCUGUGUCAGAGGGGGAUGUGGAAUUGGCCACAGUGGGGAGCAUUUGUGCGAAUGGCCUCUCCCGGCGUUCAUGUAGACACACUGACGGAGAGGCAACAUCAACAUCGUGCACUCCUCCGUCAUGAUGGGCUGCGUGAUCCUCCUGGGGGUCUUUGCCCUUUUAGUAAGUGGGGGGUGGUGGCUGGUAUAAGUAGCGGGGGUCCGAUUAAGUCAGCAGGAGACAAGGGUGCUGUCAAAGAACUCUGAGGAUUUUGGUUUUUAGUGAGAAAUGUUCUUUUGUUCCGUUAGUCCCAGGCAGCCCCUCAUAAUACAUUGUGUGUGUGUGCUAACUUUUUAUAGCUUUUCUAACUUCAUUUAGAUGUUUGGUUUGUGUCAAAAG